AUGUCCGAGGCUCAAAAGAUCGCCAUCGUCUCCGUCUACGACAAGACGGGCCUUCUGGACCUGGCUAAGGGUCUUGUCCAGCAGAAUGUCCGCAUCCUGGCCUCUGGCGGCACCGCUCGCAUGAUCCGCGAGUCGGGCUUCCCUGUCGAGGACGUCAGCGCCAUCACAAAGGCACCAGAGAUGCUUGCCGGCCGUGUCAAGACGCUGCACCCCGCCGUCCACGCCGGCAUCCUCGCCCGCAACCUCGAGUCGGACGAGAAGGACCUGGCCGACCAGAACAUCAACAAGGUUGACUAUGUUAUUUGCAACCUGUACCCCUUCAAGGACACGGUCGCCAAGGUCAAUGUCAGCAUCCCCGAGGCCGUCGAGGAGAUCGACAUUGGCGGCGUCACCCUUAUCCGGGCCGCGGCCAAGAACCACAAGCGCGUCACCAUCCUCAGCGACCCCAGCGACUAUGCCGGCUUCCUGAAGGAGCUCGAGCAGGGCGAGAUCACCGAGACGAGCCGCAACCGCUACGCCCUCAAGGCCUUUGAGCACACGGCCGACUACGACGCCGCCAUCUCCGACUUCUUCCGCAAGGAGUAUGCCGGUGCCGGCGACCAGUACAUGGCCCUCCGCUACGGCGCCAACCCCCACCAGAAGCCCGCCGCUGCCUUCACCGCCGAGGGAAAGCUGCCCUUCACUGUCCUCUGCGGCUCCCCAGGCUACAUCAACCUCCUUGAUGCCCUCAACGCCUGGCCCCUCGUCCGCGAGCUCAAGAAGGCCCUGGGCCUCCCCGCCGCCGCCAGCUUCAAGCACGUCUCCCCGGCUGGUGCUGCCAUUGGACUGCCCCUCACUGCCGAGGAGCGCAAGGUCUACUUCGUCAACGACAUCGAGGGCAUCGAGACGUCGGCCCUGGCCCAGGCCUAUGCCCGCGCCCGUGGCGCCGACCGCAUGAGCAGCUUCGGCGACGUCAUCGCCCUCAGCGACGUCGUCGAUCUGCCCACCGCCAGCAUCAUCUCCAAGGAGGUCUCGGACGGCGUCAUUGCCCCCGGAUAUGAGCCUGCCGCUCUUGAGAUCCUGAAGAAGAAGAAGGGCGGUAAGUACCUGGUGCUCCAGAUGGACCCUGAGUACGACCCCGCGCCCACCGAGACGCGCACCGUCUAUGGCGUCAACCUGCAGCAGCACCGCAACGACGUCGAGAUCUCGCCCAAGUCGUUCAACACCAUCAUCACCCCCAAGGACGCCGGCGCCCUGACCGAGAGCGCCGCCCGCGACCUGACCGUCGCCACCAUCACGCUCAAGUACACGCAGAGCAACUCGGUCUGCUACGCCGUCAACGGCCAGGUCGUCGGCCUCGGCGCCGGACAGCAGUCCCGCAUCCACUGCACCCGCCUUGCCGGCGACAAGGCCGACAACUGGUGGAUGCGCUUCCACGAGCGCGUCCUCGGCAUCAAGUGGAAGAAGGGCACCAAGCGGCCCGACAAGAGCAACGCCAUUGACCUGCUCGUCAGCGGCGAGCUGCCCAAGGAUGGCCCCGAGCGCGAGGCCUUUGAUGCUGUCUUCGAGGAGGUGCCGGCCGCCUUCACCGAGGAGGAGCGUGCGGCCUGGAUGAAGCAGCUCAAGGACGUCUGCGUGUCUAGCGAUGCCUUUUUCCCCUUCAUCGACAACGUCUUCCGCGUCGGCCGCUCAGGUGUCAAGUACAUUGCUGCGCCCGGCGGCAGCCAAAACGACGGCGCCGUGUUCGAGACGGCCGAGAAGCUAGGCAUUACCUUUGUGCAGCAGAACAUCCGCCUCUUCCACCACUAA